AUGGCUCCGUGGCCUGAACUAGAAGACGCAGACACAAACAAGUAUAUCAAAGAGCCUUCCUCCAAUCAAAACCAAGAAAUGUCUGAAAAAGAGAUGAAAAAUCCAAAAGGUGAGGCAGUUUCUUUAAAGAAUCAGCUGGAACUUUUGCCAGCGUAUUCCACCAUUGCUUUGACAACUGAACCAGAGGAAGAGGAAGAUCCAUGGAAUAUUCCAGUGCUCCAGAACACUGGAGUCAAAUGGUCAGAACUGGAUGGGAAGGGAAAAAUACUAUGUGUGAUAAAAAGCAUAGGAAAGUUCAUUGCCUUGCUUGGAUUACUCUACUUUUUUGUUUGUUCCUUGGAUGUGCUCAGCUCGGCCUUCCAAUUAGUAGGAGGUAAAGCAGCGGGGGACAUUUUCAAAGAUGGUUCUGUGCUAUCAAAUCCUGUUGCAGGCCUAGUGAUUGGUGUUCUGGUAACAGUAAUGGUGCAGAGUUCUAGCACCUCGUCCUCUAUCAUCGUCAGCAUGGUGUCCUCUUCAUUAUUAAGUGUUCAGCAUGGUAUUCCGAUCAUAAUGGGAGCCAAUAUUGGUACCUCGGUCACAAACACCAUUGUGGCACUCAUGCAAGCUGGAGACAGGAAUGAAUUUAGAAGGGCCUUUGCUGGUGCUACUGUCCAUGACUUCUUUAACUGGCUUUCAGUGUUUGUGCUGUUGCCUAUUGAAGUUGCUACAGGCUAUCUUUAUCACCUUACAAAUGUUAUAGUGCAAUCAUUUCGACUUGAAACUGGGGAGAAUGCCCCUGAGCUGCUGAAAGUCAUCACUGACCCUUUUACAAAGCUUAUUAUCCAGCUUGAUAAAUCAGUGAUAAAUCAAAUUGCAACAGGAGAUGAAUCAGCAAAAAACAAAAGCCUUGUGAAAAUCUGGUGCAAAACUAAAACAACCUUGAGUACACUGAAUACCACCAUCCCACUGUCUGAAAAUUGCACAUCUCCAGACCUUUGCUGGACUGAUGGAAACUUGAUCUGGACCAUCAAAAAUGUAUCCACAACAGAAUACAUUAAAAAAUGUCAGCACAUUUUUGUUGAAUCAAGUCUUCCAGAUCUUGCCAUUGGUCUCAUCCUGCUUGCAUUGUCUUUGAUUGUUCUGUGCACCUGCUUGAUACUUAUAGUUAAGUUGCUGAAUUCAGUACUUAAAGGACAAGUAGCCAGUGUUAUCAAGAAGACAAUCAACACCGAUUUCCCUUUUCCAUUUUCGUGGCUGACAGGAUACUUGGCUAUGCUAGUGGGAGCUGGCAUGACAUUCAUUGUUCAAAGCAGUUCAGUAUUCACAUCUGCUAUUACUCCACUUGUUGGAAUUGGUGUGAUAAGCAUUGAACGGGCAUACCCCUUAACACUGGGAUCCAACAUUGGUACAACCACAACAGCUAUUCUUGCUGCUUUAGCUAGUCCAGGAAGUAGAUUAAAAUAUUCCUUACAGAUUGCUCUGUGCCACUUCUUCUUCAAUAUAUCUGGGAUUAUCCUCUGGUACCCGAUUCCUUUCAUGCGGCUCCCAAUUCGCUUGUCCAAGAGCUUGGGGAACAUCACUGCCAAGUACAGAUGGUUUGCCAUUUUUUACCUUCUAGUUUGCUUCUUCCUGGUCCCUUUGGCUGUCUUUGGCUUGUCAGUGGCUGGCUGGCAGUACCUGGUGGGCAUUGCUGUUCCCAUCUUGGCUGUCUUGCUUGCUGUGCUCAUCAUCAACGUUCUGCAAAGGAAACGGCCACAUCUUCUGCCUGAGAAGCUCAGAAACUGGGACUUCCUCCCCAGAUGGAUGCACUCCUUGCAGCCCUGGGAUAGCGUUGUUAUUGCUGCAUACUCUGGCUGUGGAAAAUACUGUUGCUGCUGUUGCAAAUGUUGUAAGGGAAGGGAAGCUGGAGAAUUAACAAAAGUAUUGCCAGCUAAAACCAUGGAAGUUCAUGACAACCCAGUGUCACUGGCUGAUGAAGAAAAUGUUAUUUCAAAAGCACAGCAGGAAAUUCAAACAAACCAAACAGACCUGACUACCACAGCCUUGUAG